AACAGAUCAGUCCUUUGUUUCUGCAGGGCACAACUUGUAGUGAGCCUUUUAAAGACGUCUGGAAGAUGGCUGCUGCUCAUGCUGAGGUGUGUGUUUGGAAUGAACCCUGGCAGCAAGUGUUUCAGGUGUAUGGAGGACGGGUGUGUAACACUCUCAUGGAAGGGUCUUUGGCAGACAGAACUCCCCUCCAUGAUGCAGCUUUGCAUGGCCGGUUACUUCCACUUAAGAAGCUCCUGUCUCAGGGGAUACAUGUUGAUGUGGUCACUCUGGAUGGGAUCACUCCAUUACACGAGGCCAGUCUAGGAGGCCAUUUUGCCUGUGCUAAACUGCUGCUGGAACUGGGGGCUGAUGCUAACGCCAUGUCCGUCAGUGGAGCCACACCGAUCUUCAACGCAUGCUUCAGCGGUAACACGGCUCUUCUCAGACUCCUUCUAAAGUACAGCUCUGUCCAUCACCCAGCUCACCUAAGGAGUUCACCUAUCCAUGCUGCUGCAAAACAAGGUCACACAGCUUGUGUGGAGCUGCUGCUAUCGUAUGGGAUGGACGCUGAUCUGGAGUUGGAAGAAGCAGGCACACCGCUUUACUGUGCGUGUGAAACCAGGAGCACAGAGUGUGUACAGAGCCUUCUAAUCUCAGGUGCAGAUGUGCAGUGUGGGCGAGGUCUUGACACACCACUGCACGCUGCGGUUCGAGUGGGUGGAGCCAAGGAGGUGGUGCUGUUGCUGGAGCAUGGGGCUGAUGGGAAAUGUAGGAAUUCAGAAGGCAUGACACCUCUGGACCUGGCUACAGACGACAGCAUCCAGCAUCUACUGCAGACAGCAGGUCCAUGGUCUCUGUCACAGAUGAGCCGGUUGAGUAUUCGUCGUUCCUUGGGACAGAAAAGAUUAAACAGAGCGAGAGUUCUUCAGUUACCACAAAUUUUACACAAUUAUAUUCUGUAUCAGUAACACACACACACACACACACAAACACACACACACACACUUUAUGUUUACUGUAAC